AUGUUUCGUCGGUCUUGGCGCGACGAAGUGGUAAAAGGCGCCACAUUCGUCAGCGCCGUCUCCACGCGUCAACGCUUCAUAAAAACCGUUGGCAUCUUCAUCGCCUUCAUCUGUCUCCUCACGCUGUGGGAAUUUUGGACCGAUUUAUCUUUCGCGUAUCAGAGAGUAACGUCAUCGACAGCGACGUCAAGCUUGGCACCGCCAAGCGAACCCACUCUGCCGCAAUUCACUGGUCCGACUAAUGAAACAACCGAGUUCUGGACGGAUUUGCUGCAACGGUUUUACGAGGCUGAACCUCAUGGCAGGAAAAUUGCGCCGCCAAAGUCUCUUUCGCGCGACAAGUUUGAUCCCCAUGGGAGGGAGCCCCAGGUUGAUACGGAUUGGCUGGAGGUUAAUGAUGACGAGGUUGAGUCUUUGAAGGAGAAUCAUGAGACUUUUGUGCAAAGUCUUCGACAUCUUGCUCCGAAAUUGCCAUUUGAGCGCAGCACCAGGGGCAUUGUUAUUACUUCGAAGGGAUCUGGAGUUGGGGUUGCAGCUACUGCUGUACGGAUGCUACGACAUGUCGGAUCACAACUACCAGUGCAGCUGUUUCUCGACUCGGCGACCCAAGAAGAGCAUCAGAAAUGCAACGACACAUUAACACAUUUGGAAGUGCAGUGCCUGAACAUGGACGACUUCCUGCACCUGCCAAACACUACAGAGAUCCGCAAACCAAAGAUCAAAUCGUACCAGUACAAGGUCCUGUCGAUUAUCUUCUCCAGCUUCCAGGACAUAUUAUUCCUCGACGCCGAUGCUUUCCCUUUGAGAAAUCCCGAUUAUCUCCUCGACGUGGAGCCCUACAAGAGUCGUGGACUUGUCACAUGGCCCGACUUUUGGCUGCCUACGAUAUCUCCACUGUUCUACCAAAUCGCUGGAGCAAAGAUGCCAAAUGUGACUAUUGACUCACGAAGUUCCGAGUCAGGAGUCAUGCUGUACAACAAGGCGAGACACGCGGACAGUCUCUUGCUGGCAGCUUACUACAACUUUUAUGGCCCGAGAUUCUAUUACCAGCUUCACUCGCAGGGUGCUUGGGGCUCAGGCGACAAGGAGACUUUCAUGCAGAGCGCAUACGUCUUGGGUAAUCCUUUUUACCAGGUCAAGAAAUCACCCGAGUUGGUUACUUCUGAGAAGAUCAACUGGGGAAGUGGGAUCUGGCAGGCCGAUCCCGAACAGGACUUCAAGUUGGAAAGCGAACGAAACAAGAACAUCACUGCUACAUCUUCAAGAAAGCGAAAGCAGAGACUCAAUCAGGAAGAGGUCACUAUCACGAGUACGAUGUUCGCUCACCUCAACAGAGUCAAGUUCGACAUAACGCGUCCGAUGGAGAUUUUGGAAGACCUAGCGCCCGAACAUCCAGACGGAUCGAUAACGAGAUUAUGGGGAGAUGACGUCGGCAAAGUCUCUCAUGUAGCCGGAUAUGACCUCGAAAAGGUGAUUUGGGAAGAAGCCAUGAAAGCCAACUGCGAUCGAGGAUUAAUGGAGAAAUGCAACAAGAUCAGGAAAUAUUACGAGAAAACGUUUAGAUAG